AUGAUUCUGGAGAGAGGCUUACUGGUGGGCUGGGUUUGCCUACUCUUGUGCCUCCAUGGGACCAAUGCAGACUUGACCAGAUAUAGAAACAUUCGACCUAAGCCAGAAAAGGUCCUCAGGCCAUGUGCCUUUCCAUUCUUCUAUGAGAAUGUGAAGUAUGAUCAUUGUACAACAGUGCAUAGCGACUAUGCCUGGUGCUCAGUGGAAUAUGUCUUCAAAGGGAAGUGGCGCUACUGUAUUAGUACAGACCCCCCAGCAUGUAAGUUUCCAUUCCUCUUUGGGACGAAGAUAUACCAUGACUGCACAGCAGAUGGGUACGUGCUGGGCAAGACCUGGUGUGCCCUGACACACAACUACAACAGGAACGGGUUGUGGAAACCAUGCUCACCCAAUGAUCUGUGA